AUGGAGCCGGUAAUGAGCUUAGCCUUGGCUGCCCAUGGACCGCCCAGCAUACUGGAGCCGUUGUUUAAAACCGUUACUACGAGCACCACCACAACCACCAGCAGCACCACCCCCAGCUCGAGCAGCAGCAGCGCCCACAACGCCAUCAGUCCCACCACCAGCAGCACACUGCUCACCGCACUGCUCGAGAAUCUAACCUCAACAGCUGCCAGCGGGCUGUACGAUCCGUAUGGCAAUCAAACGAAUGGCACACUCGGAUUUGAGACAAAGGGACCGCGUUACUCGGUGGCUUCGAUGGUGGUCAUGGGGUUUGUAGCCGCGAUUUUGAGCGCGGUAACAGUUGCGGGCAAUGUCAUGGUGAUGAUUUCAUUCAAAAUCGACAAGCAGCUGCAAACGAUCAGCAACUAUUUUCUAUUCUCGCUGGCCAUAGCGGACUUUGCCAUUGGCGCCAUUUCCAUGCCGCUGUUUGCGGUCACCACUAUACUGGGCUAUUGGCCAUUGGGGCCGCAUGUCUGCGACACUUGGCUGGCCCUGGACUAUUUGGCUUCCAAUGCUUCAGUGCUCAAUCUGCUGAUCAUUAGCUUCGAUCGUUAUUUUAGCGUUACGCGACCUUUGACCUAUCGCGCCAAGCGCACCACCAACAAGGCGGCGGUGAUGAUUGGCGCCGCCUGGGGCAUCAGUUUGCUGCUGUGGCCGCCCUGGAUCUACAGCUGGCCCUACAUCGAGGGCAAGCGCACCGUGCCCAAGGACGAGUGUUACAUUCAGUUCAUCGAGACCAAUCAGUACAUUACCUUCGGCACUGCCCUGGCGGCUUUCUACUUUCCCGUCACCAUCAUGUGCUUUCUCUACUUUCGCAUUUGGCGUGAGACCAAGAAGCGGCAAAAGGAUCUGCCCAAUUUGCAGGCAGGCAAAAAGGAUUCCAGCAAGCGCUCCAAUAGCAGUGAUGAAAACACAGUCGUUAAUCAUGGGACGGGCGGGCUGCUGGCGUUCGCCCAGCUGGGCGAGCACGACACUUGGCGACGUCCGCGCUCCGAGAGCUCAGCGGAUGCGGAGAGCGUCUAUAUGACCAACAUGGUCAUCGAUUCGGGCUACCAUGGCAUGCACUCGCGCAAGUCAAGCAUAAAAAGCACAAAUACAAUCAAAAAGCCAUACACUUGCUUUGGCAGCAUCAAGGAGUGGUGCAUUGCGUGGUGGCAUUCGGGACGCGAGGACUCCGAUGAUUUUGCCUACGAGCAGGAGGAGCCUUCAGAUUUAGGGUAUGCAACACCAGUAACAAUUGAAACUCCUUUACAAAGCUCCGUCUCCAGAUGCACCUCGAUGAACGUCAUGCGGGACAAUUACUCGAUGGGCGGGAGCGUGAGCGGGGUGCGGCCGCCGAGCAUAAUGCUGGCGGAUGUGUCGCCAACGCCGCAGCGUCCGCCACUCAAUUCGAUUUCGCAAAUGCAGGAAAUGAAUGCGGUCGGCAACAACAACAACAGCAGCAAUGGCAAUGCCAUCAAUAUUGGCAGCAACAACAGCAACAGCAACAUCGGCAACAACAGCAGCAACAAUUUGCCGUUGCGUGAGUCACGCGGCACGCUGCCCGUGGGCAACAACAAUCGCAUUGGCUCACGCUCGGUUAGCCAGGACUCGGUCUACACUAUACUCAUACGACUGCCGCCAGAUGGCGCUAGCAGCAACGCUGCCAACAGCAGCAGCGCAGCAGUCACUGGACUGAGCAGCGUCGCAAGCGUUCAUGCAGACUCUGGGCCAUCCAUCAAAAUGAUACACGAGGAUGUCGCCACACAGGCCACUGGACUGGGCGCAGCUGUUAAUAUGGGCGUGCCCGCCGCCGCCGCUGUGGUAAGCGGUCCGCCGCCCACGCGCCGCCCGCUGCCGUCGCGCGACUCCGAGUUCAGUUUGCCGCUUGGCCGGCGCAUGUCGCAUGCGCCGCAGGAUGUGCGCCUGCUCAACGCCAAGGUCAUACCCAAGCAGCUGGGCAAGACGGCGGGGCCGAAUGCGCUGCUCAACGCACGCAACGCGGCCAAGAAGAAGAAAAAGUCACAGGAGAAGCGCCAGGAGUCGAAGGCAGCCAAAACGCUCUCAGCCAUUCUGCUGAGCUUCAUCAUCACCUGGACGCCCUACAACAUACUCGUGCUCAUCAAGCCGCUGACCACCUGCUCGGACUGCAUCCCCACCGAGCUGUGGGACUUUUUCUACGCCCUCUGCUACAUCAACUCGACCAUCAAUCCCAUGUGCUACGCCCUCUGCAACGCCUCCUUCCGUCGCACCUACAUACGCAUCCUCACCUGCAAGUGGCACACGCGUAAUCGCGAGGGCAUGGUCAGGGGCGUCUACAACUAAGGCGCGCCCACCCCCAUCCCCGUUCGGUUCGUUUGGAUUUUGGCAAUUGCAAACCAAAAUUAGGCUUAGGUAACAAAAUAAUUUGACAAAAGCAAGUACUGAUUUUUUGAUGUCUAGCCCGCGUAUUUAAGUAUUAAAUGUAAUUAAAAAUACCAAAAAAACAAAACCCUAAGAAACCCAAAUAAAUAUUUAUCACAAAUUGUACAGCGCAGUUCACUAAGUUGUGCGCUCAAAACUCAAAACUGAGCUCAAAAUAUUAAUUGCUAAAUUCUAUUUUCAAAGAACUUAAG